CGAGCUGACGUCACGCGCCGAUGUUAUAAAAAGAGGCUCGGCACGUCGUGUGUUUGUGAGUGGAGGAGGGGGAGAGUCCGGAGGAGGAAGUGGAGUAGAGCGCCACUGAACCAUUCAAGAUGGCUAGCCGGACCAUGCAAGCAGCGCGUUGUCCCACUGAUGAAUUGUCGUUGACCAACUGUGCUGUUGUGAAUGAAAAGGAUUUCCAGUCUGGCCAGCAUGUACUUGUGAAAACUAGUCCGAACCACAAAUUUGUCUUCACGGUGAGAAGUCACAGCACUGUGCUUCCAGGGACCAUUGCCUUCAGUUUGCCACAGAGAAAAUGGGUGGGUCUCUCUAUUGGUCAGGAUGUAGAAGUGAGCUCCUAUAACUUUGACAAAACAAAACAGUGCAUUGGGACCAUGACAAUUGAGAUUGACUUUCUGCAGAAGAAGAGCGUGGAUUCAAACCCAUAUGACAGUGACAAGAUGGCAGCGGAGUUCAUUCAACAGUUCAACAACCAGGCUUUUUCAAUCAGCCAGCAGCUUGUGUUUGGUUUCAAUGAGAAGCUCUUUGGGUUAAUGGUGAAGGAUAUGGAAGCUAUGGACCCAAGCAUAUUGAAGGGUGAGCAGGCUUCUGGCAAGCAACAGAAGAUCGAUCUCGGCCUGUCUGUAGCCAAUUCCCAAGUUAUAUUUGAGAAGGCAGAUAGUUCAUCAUUGACUCUGAUUGGCAAAUCUAAAAUCAAGCAGGGAAGACAAUCCAUCAUUAAUCCAGACUGGAACUUUGAGAAAAUGGGGAUUGGUGGCCUUGACAAGGAAUUUUCAGAUAUUUUCCGCCGUGCAUUCGCUUCCCGAGUUUUUCCAGUGGAUCUUGUGGAACAGAUGGGUUGCAAGCAUGUGAAAGGUAUUCUGCUAUAUGGUCCACCAGGAUGUGGGAAGACCCUAAUGGCUCGACAAAUUGGCAAGAUGCUGAACGCCCGUGAGCCCAAAGUUGUGAAUGGGCCUGAAAUUCUCAAUAAAUAUGUGGGUGAAUCUGAAGCGAACAUUCGGAAGCUCUUUGCAGAUGCAGAGGAAGAGCAGAAGAGGCUUGCGGCAAAUAGCGGCCUGCACAUCAUCAUAUUUGAUGAAAUAGAUGCCAUUUGCAAGCAGAGAGGGACCAUGGCAGGCAGCACGGGUGUACAUGACACAGUUGUCAAUCAACUGCUUUCCAAGAUAGAUGGAGUGGAGCAGCUCAAUAACAUCCUUGUUAUAGGUAUGACAAACCGACCAGACUUGAUUGAUGAGGCUCUGCUACGACCUGGACGUUUGGAAGUCAAAAUGGAGAUUGGUUUACCAGAUGAGAAAGGCAGAGUGCAAAUUUUGAAUAUUCACACAGCAAGAAUGCGAGAGCACAACCUGCUGAGUAAUGAUGUUAAUAUUGUGGAGCUUGCUCAAGAAACUAAGAAUUUCAGUGGUGCUGAAUUGGAAGGUCUAGUACGAGCUGCUCAGUCAACUGCAAUGAAUCGACACAUUAAGGCUGCAAGUAAAGUGGAAGUUGACAUGGAGAAAGCUGAAAGACUGAAAGUCACAAGGGGAGAUUUCUUAAAUUCUUUAGAAAAUGACAUUAAACCUGCUUUUGGCAUAAACCAGGAGGACUAUGACAGCUAUAUCAUGAAUGGGAUCUUUGUAUGGGGUGAUCCAGUCACACGGGCUCUGGAUGAUGGAGAGUUGCUUGUCCAACAAACCAAGAACAGCGACCGCACUCCACUAGUUAGUGUUCUUCUGGAAGGGCCACCAAACAGUGGUAAAACUGCACUGGCGGCAAAGAUUGCAGAAAAGUCUGGAUUCCCAUUCAUUAAGAUCUGCUCUCCUGAUAAAAUGAUUGGAUUCACAGAGACAGCAAAAUGCCAGGCCAUUAAAAAGAUUUUCGAGGAUGCAUACAAGUCACAACUGAGCUGCGUUGUGGUUGAUGACAUUGAGCGCUUGUUGGAUUAUGUCCCUAUUGGCCCACGCUUCUCCAAUCUAGUACUUCAAGCACUGCUGGUCCUGUUGAAAAAGUCAUCUCCUCAUGGCCGCAAGUUGUUAAUUAUUGGGACAACCAGUCGUAAAGAUGUCCUUCAGGAGAUGGAGAUGAUGGAUGUUUUCAACACCACUAUCCAUAUUCCGAACAUUAGCACAGGAGAGCAGUUGAUGGAAGCUCUGGAGCUCCUUGGCAGGUUUGAUGAUCGAGAACGAACCAGAAUCACGCAACAUGUGAAGGGGAAGCCAGUUUGGAUCGGCAUUAAAAAACUGAUGAUGAUCAUUGAAAUGUCGAUGCAGAUGGAACCUGAGUACCGUGUUAACAAGUUUCUGUCACUCCUGAAAGAAGAAGGAAGUGAUCCUCAUCGCCGUGACCAUUGGGAAUAAAACAGGGAAGACCAUCUGGUCAACACUGUGAUUUACAUCUAAUGAAGAAGCACGAAUUUAAUCUGUCAACUAAGAAGAAAGGAAUCUUCAAUCUAAAACUCUUAGCAUUUUGCAUGCUCUCUGCAAAGAAACUUCUCUUACAUGUCUUAAGUUAAAAUUAUUCAUAUAUAUAUAUAUACACACACACAAACACACACACACACACACACACACACACACACACACACACACACACACACACACACACACACACACACACACACACACACACAACAGAGAUGUCAGCAUUCUUGGUUUUAUUGCUUCUAGUACUGGAAAUGCACUCGGUGUUUUUAAAAAUAUUUUCAUGUUUUGCUAUCAAAAUCAGUGUCCCUCUUCACUGCAGGUCAAACCUUAGAGUCUUCAGAGUGAAUGUUAAUUUUGUUAAAUUUUGCACGUACGAGUUGAUCAACAUAGUAGGAAAGGUAGAAAAGAUGAAGCCAGUAAUAUUGCUUUGGGUAAUUUGCAAUGUGUUCAAUUGGUUCUGUACAUGGAUGACAGCAAUACAUCACUGUAUGAGGAUUGGGAGAAAAGAAAACUCUUCCACCAGGGAUUUGUGUGCAAUUUCAAUCCCAGAAAUCGGAUUUUUCAAUAGUUGUGCACCUUAUCUCAGCACUUCAUUUGAUUCUUACAGAGUGAAUUUACUUUGGGUAAAAUUUGUGUUGAAUGUCAGAGGCUUGAGUUUUCUGUAACUGAAAUUCCAGAGCUGGUAUCAAUCUUUAAUCUUUGUAUGUUCUUAAUGUGUCUGGAAUAUUGAUUGGGAAUCUAAUGAACCCCUAUUUUUCCUUCCCAAAAUUUGUGUACCCUCUUGAUUUAAAUAUUGGAAAUAGUGUCUACAAAUUGAUGGAUCUUUGACUUGUGAUGUAGAAUAUAAAUCUAAGCAUUAAUUUUGACAAAACUUAAAUGUUCAAAUAUAGAUCCCUGCUUUGUUGCAUCUACAUUUUUUGUAGUUCUAAGAUUGCAAUAGAUUGUAACCUAAUCCUGUUUGGGGCCAACUGUGAAAAGUUUUAUGUAUCUGACCCUUCUCCGUUGCUCCACUCUCUUCUUCAUUCUGCAGCUGUGAGAAUUUGGUGCAGUUCUCAAUCCUGAAAGGAGAUUCUUAUUUAUCAGCCAUGUAUCAAGCAGCCUAGGUAGAUAGGGCAGAUCGCUACAAAUAGAACUUGCAGCUAUUUGAAAACUGGAGAUAUUGAGUAAAUUGAACAAAGUUGUAUUUUAUUUCUGGUUUCCUGAGGAUUGUCAAGGCCAUGUGUUGGGAAAAGAGGCCUCAUUGCUUGAUUUAGGUAAUCAUUUCAUUUACUUUUUUGGUCCCAGAAAUAUUUUUGCUAAUUGUCUUGCUUUUUCUUUUGCUAAACUUCUUCUGAAACAAUACUUGAAGAAUAAUGAAGGUCUUGAACAAAUGCGCCUUGACAUUGCUCCUGUUAAAGUGAAUAGCCUAAUCAGCCUGACACUGUAAAACUGGUAUUCAACCAGGUUUGGUGUGUAUUGCAAUCUACAGCCAAACACUUCAGAAUGCUGCAAUCGCAUUAGGCUGUACAAAAAAUCAUUCACUGCUGUGGCCAUUUGUUCUAAUCACCAAUGGUGACCUGAUGCAAAUAUUACUGUGAAAAAUGAUCCUGAUCCACUAUUGGUGAUUAAUGCUUUGGGGAUUGGCUGGUGAAUUUGUUGGAAGUCCUGUCACUUUGUCUUUGCUUUUUAUUUUCUCAUAAUCUGGGGUCUGUCCUUGUGUAAUGCUGCAGAGUUUACAUAGGUUAAUUAAUUUAGUCAAAUUAUAAUGUGUAACAAUGAGGUAAGCAAAUCACCAUAAUCCAUUGUGAGCAAAAUCCACUGCGGGCCAGAACUUUUGGCAAAACAUUUCCCAGUAUUCUUGUUUUCAAACAAUUGAAAUUCUUGUCCAUUUAACAAAUAUGGGAAACCAACAAUGGGAAUCUUCAAACUGAAACCUUGAAUGCAGAUGUCUACUGGUAAAUGUUUUGAUGUCUUGUUUGGGAAAUGCAGCUUGCCUUCUUGAUUGUAUUUAUUUCUGUGCUGUUUACAAUAUGUAAGUAUUUAAAAAAAAACAAAGAUUAUAAAAAAGCUUUUCUGUGAUAGCUUUCCAUUGUAGGGGUAAAAUAUUUGUGUAAAUUAAUGGCCAUUAUUUGAUGACGAUGCCCAGAUAAGUCUCAUAGAUGUAUGCUCAUCUAAUGUCCCAAGUUGUAAUGAGUUCUGUUCUACUGUGAUGUAAAUCUUUUUACAGUGAAAAUGUGCUGUAAUUCAAAGCUGUUUAAGUACAUGUAGAGUUGAAUGCAGCUGUGAUGCAAUAAAUAUUCGAAUGACAGA